UUGAAUAUUUUUUUUUAGCUCCGGCGACAUCGAUGUAGACGGUGUAAAUCGAUGUUUUUUUAACUAAACUAAAGCACAAUACUUUUUUUUUCUAAGUGGGGCUUUUUUUUCAGUAGAAAUCGAGUUCUGAGGAGACCUUGGGAAGGAUGGUCGACAUUAAAGGUGUAAUAAGCCUGCCUUGGCAGCAGCACAGACACUAUGGCCCAUACGAUCGCCCCUUUCCGUCGAUGAGCCAGCCGGAAUGCAUCGGCGUCUGCAGCAUCGACGCUAGCCGGAAUUUUGUAGACGAUGCCAGCGGCGCCAGCUACUUGGCUGCACGGCCCUGGCCAAGUCUUCCGAUUGAUCUUAAUGCGGGCAUUGAAAACGUGAUCCGCAAGCCCGCGGAUUUCGCAGCCAAGGAUCUGGAAUUCGAUCUCCUCUACAUCCGUCAGCACAAGGAUGAGUUGCUUCGCCCUAAAAAAUCCGAUCCUGGUAGCCUGGAACUCGCUGCGGACUUUGUCACAUUGCGCGGCAUUCUGCGAAAAAUAAUGUGCUUGCAGUACGAAUGGAAUGGUGAUUUCCUCAUCAAGGCGACGCUGCUGAACGGCACCGUUUACAUGGCUAAAGAGGACACGCCGGAACAGAGGCUGAUAAACGAAAACGCUACGACGGCCCAGCUGGACAUGUGUUCGUGGGGCUUCAAGUUCGAGCAGUACUUGACGAGCGUCCAACCGCAGGGCAAACCGGUGACCAAUGUCCCAGUCAACGAGGCGGAGGAGUUUAUGGGCAUGUUCCGGACAAAUCUGGAAGGACUGCGCCUGCUUUACGGCGCCGAAAUGGACUGCGUAGACAGCCAGGAACCAGUUGACUUUAAAGAUCCCAAGGUGCUGAGGUCUCUGAAAUUUGUGGAGCUGAAGACCAGCAGUAACACUAAGAACCCCAAACAAAUGCGCAACUUCGACAGGUACAAGUCUGCAAACUGGUGGAGUCAGUCGUUCUUGGUGAACAUCAAGACGAUCUUUGCUGGAUUGCGGGACGCCAAGGGCCAAGUGACGGAAAUCAAGGAGUUUGAUGUCCGUUUGCUAGCUCGCAACAAGCCGUGGAAUCCCUCGGCAAUAACUUGGUUUUUGGAGCAGUUCCUGCGAAACCUGAGAGCGCUGCUAAUCGCCAUUAAUGAUCCGUUUGCCGUGGUCCAGGUGACUUUUCGGGAAAAACGGGCCUACUAUGAAAUAUUGCGCGGAUCGGAGCAUCAAAUUUUACCGGAUUGGUAUCGAAAUAUUUUUAAGACGAAAUGAUUGAUCUAAGAAAAGCCGUAAACUGACCGAUCCACAAUUAAGGCAUUUAUUUUAAUAACUAAAGAUAAAGAAUAGAAAUGCUCAAGCAUUUAUCACUUUAAA